AUGGCCCGGACGCUGCUUCGAAGCCCCAAUGACGGGCACGACUUUUUCUUUGGCGACAUCGGAAGCCUGGGCCUGAACCCGCUUUAUUUCAAGAAGCUGCCGUACUCGCCUGGCAGGGAUCUGGUUUCUGUGGUGGAUAUUUUCCAUGCGCCACUUGUCGUGUACGUGUCGAAAGACUCGCCCUAUAAAACCGUCGGCGAACUCAUUGCCGCUGCAAGAAAGUCACCGGGAAAGUUGACCUUCGCUACGCCUGGCGCAGGCGGGCCAAUGUGGAUUGGGGCAGAACAGCUGGGCGUGAGGGCUGGAACAAAGCUGCUUCAUGUGCCAUUCAAGGAAAUGGGCCCGUUGCUGACCGCCGUCGCUACAGGCGAAGUCGACAUGAUGGUGACAAGUGCGGCAACCGCGCGCCCGGUACUUGACCGUCUGCGGCCACUGGCUGUGACUGAUAGCGGCCGGCUGGCGGAACUGCCGGCCAUUCCUACGGUCCAGGAGGCCAUGAACCUGGAUGUUCAGGUGGUCGCAUGGGCCAUGCUCGUUGCAGCCAGGGGUACGCCCAGAAGAAUUGUUGAAAAGGUCAGGGCGGACGCAUUGACCGCCAUGAAGAAGCCCGAGUUUUCAGGCAAAACGAAAUUGUUUGGCCUCAACCCAAGCAAGGAGAUGACUGUUGACCAGCUUGACGCAUUCAUCGUGUCAGAGUCAGAAAAAUACGCGCCGGCUGUCAAGGCCUCAGGGGUUUUUUAUGGGACCGGUUAUGAAGUUCAUGGCUUUGACAAUGUGCGCGCCUUUUAUGAAGAGCGCAUGCGCACAUUCCAGGGCCAGGGUUUUUAUGCUGAUGAUUUCCUGGUCAACGACGAUGUGAUGGUGGCCAGGGGAUGGUUCAAGGGAAGCCCCAGGGGGUUCUUCUUCGGUGCCCAGGCCAGCGGAAAACCGAUGUUGUUCAGACUCACGCUGUGGGUGGACUUCGACGCGGAUGGGCUGGUGAGGGGGGAGUCCGCCUAUUUUGACGGCAAGGAGUUUGCGCGCCAGGCUGAGCAUGGCUACGAACUGCUGGCAGACGGCGAUCAGAAACCCUGA